GUCCCCGUCGCUCUUGGGUCUAAGAAUGACCUCCUUCCCGGCGUGCCUCUUGAAUGUCGCGCCUGUCGUGCAUCCACCCAAUCUUGAGGGUGACCCGACUUUAGCAACCGAGAUUCUCCCUGGGCCUCCUUCGUUAGACUCCAUCCGUCAACUCGCUAAGAGAAACGAGCCCAGAAGGCAUCCUGCUUCGUCUUAUCUUCCUCUCUCUGACCCGGGUACGACUUACACAAGUCUUGCGGGUGGAAUGGCUGCAAUAGCCUUGGACGAGAACGGUCCUCGUCGAAAACGCGCCCGCGUGGAUAAAUCUAUUUCCAACCGUGCACAGAGGGCAUCAGCAAGAAACCUUGCGGGGAAUGCCACUCUGAAUGACCAGGCGUUGGUGUCCGAGAUGGAAGCGACGUCCUCCCAUGCCGGGUUAGACGAGGCUGUCUCCAACGACGACGAUCGAUCUACAUCCCACUCCAGAUCAACUUCUCUUCCACUCAACGGAGACGCACCCACUCAGAGUGCAUCUACAAACGGCACCAGAGCGAUGAAUGGGAAGGGAAAAGGCAAAGAAAAAGAAAAUUCGGACAGGGCGGCUCAGGUCCGUGUGAAGGAGGAGCCUGUUGCCGUUCAGAUAGGUGAUGUCCCACCGGCAAAUGAGGACCAUUGUUCUUCUUGCAGCUCAGUUGGUGCCCUCGUGUACUGCGACGGCUGUCCUCGCGCGUUCCAUCUGUGGUGUCUUGACCCACCGAUGGAUCCAUCCGAUUUUCCCGACGGGGAGGAAAGCUGGUAUUGUCCUGGCUGCAAAGCGGACCGGGGGCCACCCGCGAAACCGUCGCACACUUUCUUUUCCCCGUUGAUUCAGCAACUUCACUAUUCCAUUCCCACGGAGUUCCGUCUGCCUGAAGAAAUUCGCACUUUUUUUCGCGACGUUGGUACUGGAUCGAACGGUACUUACGUAGAUAACUCUUCAAUCAAAACCAUUCGAUUGGGACGUCACGGCCUCGGUGAAGAGCGCGAUCCGUAUCGACUAAAGGACAACAAGGGCGCUGCUGUCAUUUGCUUUCGCUGCGGAAAAUCAGCUCUUCCAGACGAUUCUGGCCUGGGACACUCGUCUAACCGUUCACGACGAUCAUCCACGGACCUAUCCCAGUCUGACCACUGGAAGAGCCUCGUUUCUUGUGACUUUUGUCCAUUGCAUUGGCACGUCGAUUGCCUGGAACCACCGCUUGCUUCCCUUCCACCAAUAAAUAGGAAGUGGAAGUGCCCAAACCACGCGACUAGCAGCGCGCCGAAAAUGCGCACACCGAGGACAUCUGGUCCACCUAUCGACAUCACCGAGACUCGGCAGCGGAACAACGGAAAUAUCGAGGUCAUUAAUUCAGAUAUCCCACAACGCGUAGAAGAGAAAAUGGCAGUAGACGAAGUUCUUAUCAAUGGUCGGAAGUAUCGCGUCCCAGAACGCAUUAUCAUGCUUGAUUUCUGGAGCAAGGUCAAGCAGCAGAAAUCAAAUAGAAGGAGCGGGCACGCUAGCUCUGCUUCCUCUCCUCUCACGUCGCUGAGUUCUUUAGACGAACAAAACGAGCAGCCACCGCCAUUCAAUCUCAGUGCGCGUGUUCCUGAUAGUAAUGAUGAUGAUACACUUCAAGUUGCUCAGUUGCUUUGUGGUCUACAGUCUGCAGGCCCAUCUCGCCCAACUGAGAGUAUUCCCAUUGAGAAAGGGUCUCGAAUAGAACAGGAUGAUCAUAUUCCUCAGAAGCGACAAAAGAUGGAGCACGUACGCACAUCGACUUCGGCUCCUGUCGUCAAGAAUCAACGAAGUCAUCGUCGGGGACUAUCUACGAUUCCAUUGAACAAAUCUCUGUCAGAGAUGUCGAUCUCUUUUGGUUCUGUCAAACUGCCUGCUGGGAAGAGAGGAGCAAAUAAGGGCCGUUCAUCGCGCUCCGCUCAUUUAGCAACAUCCAACUCGGAGUCGCAUACAGUCCAACACCAGGACACGAGACCACACAAAGAGUCAGUUCCCAGGGCGACAACUACACAACCUACUCAAGACAUCAAGGCGAAUCACAAUCCUCCUACAACGAACGGCGUCCGCGAUACCGCUCCUGAAACCCGCGAAGAUCCACCCGUCCGCGCAAAUACUGCCGGCGAGCCGUCUCCUACAAAAACAACCCAGCACUUCUACUACGGCAGCCGAUACCUCCGCCCCACCGCUUCCAUCUUUAUCCCCUCUACAAACUCGUCCUCGUAG